UGGAAGGCGAUAAACUCCUCCAGAGCUCAUAAAUCCGGGCGAGUAGGGAGAAGAGAGAGAUGCUGUUACUCCCACAGCAGUGCAGGAGCCUUGUCAGACACCGGCCAGCCCCGCUGGAGACCCUCGAGAUCUGUUGGGUGUUCCUGGCUCUUGGGAGGUGCUUUAAAUCUGACUGCCAGAGCCGUGGGCUGCUGAGAGCAGAAGCUGCCUGCACGAUGCUGAGCUCAGGUCUUCUUCCCGUUCUCCUGGUGCUCUCAGUGCUGGAGCUGAGCUGGUCCCUGAGUGAUGAAGAAAAGAAGAUCAUCUUGGAUGAGCAUAAUAGAUAUCGCUCCCAGGUCUCUCCUCCUGCCAAGGCUAUGAUGAAGAUGACCUGGGACAAGAAGCUGGAGAUCAUUGCUCAAAACCAUGCACAGAAGUGCAUCUGGGGCCAGAACGGAGGCCCAGGAAGGGAGAACCUCUUUGCUAUGGCCCCAAGCCUGGACGUGAAAUUGGCUGUUGAAGAAUGGAACGGGGAGAAGAAAUUCUACAACUUGACAACAUCCACAUGUGUCCCUGGGCAGAAAUGUGACAGCUACACCCAGGUGGUCCGGGCAGGAACAACUCGCAUUGGCUGUGGGAACAGUUACUGUAAGAAGAUCGAGGGAAGCAAAAAAGAGAACGCACAGCUGCUUGUUUGCAGCUAUUAUCCCCCGAGUACUUCAAAGGACAAAAAGCCCUACACGGAAGGACCCUCGUGUGAAACGUGUCGCAAUGGCACAGUCUGUGUGAACAACCUGUGUGUUUCUGACCAGGACCCAGAAGAACUGAAGACAAACUCGGACCAGACAAGUGUGGAUCCAUCCAAAGGUGGAGCCCCCAGUACCUGCUUGGGGCUUUCCCUCUUCCUCCUCCCCAGUGCCAUCCUGGCGGGCCUUCUGCUCUGAAGGGUCUUCCUCAGCUGUCCCUGCACCCCUCACCAAGGCUUUUCUCAGCGCUGGUUGUUCCACAGCCCUGGUAGGCUCAGGAGACUCCUUGGACAAUUCACACGCUCCCUCCUUACGCCGCCUUCUCUGCUGCAGCCCCGGUGAGCCAAGGGCAGCUGGCAGUCCCAGGGGAACUUUGUCCCCUUCCUGAGGAGACCUGAGGGCAGGAGGGUGUUUGCCAUAAUGCUGGUGACCUUGGACGCUUCUCCUCUUUCCUGGCUUCUGUUCCAUUUCCAGGCUGGAAGUGUUGAGCUCUCCCAUGUACCCACAAACCCAUCUGGCUGGCAGGCCCUGCCACAGCGUGACCCUGGGGACAGAGGGUGACUUGGGGACAGUGAGACAUGGUGCUCGGCUUUGGUGUUUGUCAGGAUGAGUUUCCAGCAGAAAUGCUCUUUUCCUUCCCAAUGUGUUUCAGUUUUGGACAUAUUUUCUCUCUUUCCUUUUUUGUCUAAAUAGAGUGGCUUUUUUGAGGAUUUCUGUUUCCCCCUAGUUGUGGUGUAGCUCUGGCCAGUACUACCCAGCUGAUCCCCCCUCUCCUCCUCAUACUCUGCAGCCCAUGCCUCCUCCCUCUCUCCUCCUCCCUCUCUUGCUGUCUGGCACAUGUCCCAUUCCUCCCCCCAUUACUCCAAUGCCACAGAUUUAUUUUACGCGUGUGCCUGCACCUGUGUGCACGCACAGAAGAGAAACCUUCAGAGCUGAGAGAGGCUACCAGCUCCUUAAUUUAGCUUUUACCUGCAUGUCUUCAUUCUUUGCAUAAUUUCUGUGUAUUUGAAUUUAAAUACAGAUCCUGCUUGAUGUGAAACUUGUACGUGUGUGGUCAAGGAGAACAAGUCCCCACAUGUGUUGGUACAAUCUGAGCUCCAGACAUGCAAGUGCUGCUGUUACAGGUCACUGGUGGCUCGGCAUCCCCAGCUGUGCUGCAGGACCCUGGCUGAGGUCACUGCCAGUCCGGCCUGACCAGCAGAUGGCACUGGGAGAGGCACCGCUGAGAACUGGGCAGCUCAACUCGCCCCGCACACCCUGCCCGCAGCUCUGAGCUUUGCUCCAUCGCCAGCUUCAGCUGCAGUUAAGAAUCACAUUAGAAAUAACCUCUAUUCUUUCUGCUGCCCAGCUGCCUUCGGGGGACAAACCCAUCCCUGGCCUCUGGACAGAGGAUAAAAAUACAGCCCCACAGGCUGCUCCUCACCCGGGACAGGGGAGCGGGGUCAGAGAUGAGACAGCAUUUCAAGACCUCCUCAGGUUUUGCAUCUGCGUGAAGGACAGUGUAGCAUUCCCUAGAAGUUCCCUAGAAACACUACAAAGAGCACAAAACCUUUUCUUCUGCCAGCAAGAUCAGGGCACUCGCACAACCCCUGAUUUUUUGCAGUGCUGGAUCCCCCACCCUGCUGAGAGCCAAGGAGGCACAACACGGAGGCUGCUGAUUAACAGCCACCACCAUCAUUCCAGGAUUUAGGUGUUUUAUCACUGGGGUGGGACUACGAACCUUGUGAAAACUCCUGAGUUUUGUUCUCCUGAAGGCUUUGCCUUGUGGAGACAGGCUGUUGUGCAAGGACCUAUUUAUAGAGUUCCUCGCAGCAGAAAAGUCCAAGCCAGAAGGAAAUCCGCUUUCCUCUUGCCCUGCUCCCCGGGCCAGCGGGGCUGAGCCUGCCCACACAGGCAUUUGGGGGCUUUGGCUUCAUCCUGACUUUGGGGGUUUAGGCAAGGGCAGGGUUUGGUGUGCUGCACAGGGGAGGACACAAAACAUUCAAGGGAGCCUUUUGCAGCAUUUCCACUCCUUUUCUGGGGUUGGCAUAAAGGGGACUCUGGCACUGGGGUGACCCUGGCAAAGAUUCUGCCAGGUCCUUACAGCCCGGUGGGGUGGGAGGAGGAGGAGGAGGCAUUAACCAUCAGCUGGGCUGGUUAAAGGGUGGGAUUUGUGGUGUUUAGGAGGCCUGGCUUCUUUAUGAACCUCACCUGCUUGGUUGCCUCCAUCCCUGGGCCUGUUUCCAGCAGGGACAGGGAGGUGUUUGCUGCUGGUGGAGUGAGAGGAGGUUCCUUUGCUUCAGCUCCUGAAUCUCCCGUGAAUGCAGUGGGCCAGAACAGUUGUGGUGAGCUCACACACCCUGCUGGGUAUUUGCAUUUGGGGUUAUGCUGCUGGCAGGUCCAUCCAGCUUCCCUCAGAAUGUUUGGGCUGGAAGUGCUCUUGUCCCACAGUGUCCUGUGAGGGUCUGGGGAGGACUCACCUUUCUUGAUCUUGUUUCCUGGCUGCUCUUUGCUAAAAGGUCUUGCCCUCCAUGCCAUUGCAACCAUUUGCAAAACUAAAACAGGAGGGCACUUCUCCUGGUGGUAAGGAAUCGAUUCUGGGCAAAUCUUCCUAGCCUCAGUCUGCAGCACGGCUUCCAGAGUAGCUGCUGUCUUCAGCUGCCAGAGGGGAGUGGUGCUCACACCUUCUGUAUCAUUAGGGUGGGUAACCGAGGUGAGGCCACAAUGGCAAAGCUUGGAUGUCCCAGGGGAGGUUUGGAUACCUUGGUCAAAGAGCUGUAAGUGAGCCCUGUUCAUUUUCCUCAUCUAGAGCUCGUUUGACAUAUCCUUGGAAAGGCUACAGGAGGCUGGGACUUCUCUAGAGAACCUGCUGGUCCUAGUGACCUGCUGAGGUGGAAUUGUGGGGAAUGGGGCUGUUCAUGCAGCUAUUGAGGCAUUGUGGUGACAGACACAAUUGGAUGAGUCAAUAUUGAUUAAGUGUCUCACUGUAGCCUCCCUCACUUCAGCUCUCCUUGGUGCUCACUGUACUGGUUUGGACAAUACCCCAUUCUCACCCUGCCCAACUCAGAGGGAUUCCCAGUCAACACUUGUAUCCUAGCAUUUUUAAAUAAUAAAAUGGAUGAAUGAAUAGGAUGGAAGGCGAUAAAGUCCUCCAGAGCUCAUAAAUCCGGGCAAGUAGGGAGAAGAGAGAGAUGCUGUUACUCCCACAGCAGUGCAGGAGCCUUGUCAGACACCGGCCAGCCCUGCUGGAGACCCUCGAGAUGUGAGUCAGUAGCAACCCAGGCUUGGUCACUGCUGUGCUGCAGAGUGGAGCCCCUGGAGCCUGCAGGCUGGAGCAGAGCCUGUCAGGUGUCGGUGUGUGGCUCCUGUCCCCGGGGUGUGGGGAUGGGCUGUUCCUUGAGCGAGCAGAAGGAAAGCUGCAUUCCACACACACUUACCUAAUGCCGGCUGGACACGAGUGUCUCAGCUCCAGGGUGGGGCUCGGACCUUGCACUGCUGAUCUUGAUGCUUCAGACAUUGGCUCCAGAAGGAGUCAUCGGAGCAGGUUGGGAGUUGAGAAAUGGCCCUGCACCCCUUUGGCAGCCACCCUGCUCUUGCCAAAGGCAUCAACUCUUACUCACGUUUCCCCAUGAGCCACAUGCCCUGGUGAUGACUCCUCCAGGGCUGUUUGCUCUUCCUCACAAGCUCUGUGUAUCCCAUUUUCCUUCAUCCUUGUUGCCACGCUCUCCCCUGCAAGGCUCAGCCAGGGUGCCAAGGGCUAUGGGGAGUUUGGUCCUGCAUCUCCACAUCAAGUUUGGAGAGAUCAGCACCUGCACUGCUCUCGUGGAAGGUGUCCCUGCUCAUGGCAGAGGGGUUGGAAUGAGAUGAGCUCUCAGGUUCAUUCCAAACCAUUCCAUGGCUCUAUGAUUCUCAGCACUUAUUACUUGUAAGCCAGGCCAUGGUGAACUGGCCAGCAGGAGCUGGAGCCCGUGUUCAUAUUUUCUAGAUGUUUCUCCAGGUCUCCAGAGAUACAACAGCAAAUAUGUUGAGGUGCCUCCAUCAAGAGACAGAUUUGCCUUAGCAAUACAUGGACACGUCUGGUUUGACCACCUGAGUUGAAGGCCUGGUGAGAUGUUGGCCUCAGACCCCAUUUGCAGGAAUUGUUGGACAAUUGAGUGUAUGGCUGACCCCAGAGCUAGUGAAGAAUGAGGUAAUACACAGAGCUGAGAUCUGGGGGGCAGCAGGAGAGCUGUUGUGGUGAUAGAGCUGAUCCGUGUGGUCCAAAAGCAGAGGAACACCGACAGAGCAU